AUGUGUCCGGUGUUCUCCGUGUCCAAUGUGACCGGGGAAAAUUUGGACCUGCUGAAACUGUUUCUCAAUCUACUCACUCCCCGGGCUGAACCUCGACUGGACGAACCGGCACAUUUCCAAGUCGAUGACAUAUUCUCCGUGCCCGGGGUUGGUAAUGUGGUCUCAGGCACGUGUUUAUGCGGUGUGAUUCGAUUGAACGACAACUUACUCCUCGGUCCCGAUCCGAUGGGUCAGUUCACCACAGUACCGAUCAAGAGUAUACACCGAAAGCGGAUGCCAGUGUCUUAUGUCCGCGGGGGGCAAACUGCCUCGUUCGCACUGAAGAAGUUACGACGAAAUCAGCUGCGUAAAGGCAUUGUACUUCUGGCCCCGGAACUGCAACCACGUGCUUGUCUGGAAUUCACAGCCGAGGUGCUCAUAUUGCAUCACCCUACGACCAUUUCGGUCGGAUACCAGGCUAUGGUACAUGCGGGUCCUGUGCGUCAAACGGCCACCAUUUUAUCCCUGAAUGUUUGCGAACGUCUGCGCACCGGUGACAAGGAUCUAGUUCGAUUUCGUUUUAUCAAAUACCCUGAAUACUUGUACCCCGGUUUACGACUGAUUUUUCGUGAAGGGAAAACCAAAGCUGUCGGUGAGUAG